AUGAAGUCCUUCGCAUCGGCCGUGCCCUUGGCGGCAGCCCUGUUCACUACCUCCACUCUCGCGUGGCUCCCAUCCUGCUCCUGGUCUGACUGCAUGGGAAGCUGGGAUGGCUCGUCCUGUAGCACCUCCAGCGGCUGGGACUGCCUCUGCUCCAAUCAAACUGCUAUCUCCCAAUUGAACACCUGCGUCGCAACCUCCUGCACGAACACCACCGAUCAAGAAGCCAUCUACGGUGCCAUUGCACAGCUUUGCGCCAACGCAGGAGCUCCGGUUUCUGCCUCUCAAGAAGCCACCUUCAGCGCUACCUCUGGCGGCUCUGCCUGGCCUUCUCAAAUCACCGCCGCCCCUGGCUUCGGUCCCGGUGGCGGUUGGAACUCGGCUCAAUGGUCGAGCUGGAUCUCUGCCUGCUCUACUGGCUUGCCUUCUGCUCCCAGCGGAUGGAACGGUCAAGGUCCUUGGGGCGGCCCAGGCAUGUGGGGUGGUCACGGUGGAGGCCCUGGUUUCGGUCCUGGUGGCUGGGGACCUUGGGGCACCAAGGCCAGCGGUGUCAACUGCGAUCAAUGGACCACCUGGACCGCCGGCUGGGGUCCAUUCUCGUCGUGGACCGGUACCUGGUCUGGCUGCAGCACCACCACCAACUCGCCUGUCCCCGCGACCAUCACCACCACCGUCACCACCGACGGCUCGACUCAGGUUAUUACUGGCACAACCUUUGGUAUCCAAGCCGUCGAAGCUGCAGCCACCUCCUCCUCUGACUCGGGCAACGCCGCUCCUUCGCUUCGCGGUCUCAGCGCUUGCGGCGCUCUUGUUGCGGCGAUCUUUGCCACCAUGAUUGCUCUGUAA